AUGGUGUCCUUGUUCGACGUAGAGUCAGCUCUGAGAGACAUCCGCGUAUCCCAUGCUGUACAGGUCGGGUCGAUCGGUGUAUGGGUCUACGAUUAUUUUCUCGUUCUCUCCGAGGAGAUUGAACUAGUGUGGUUUUCGAAAUGGAGCCUCGUCAAGUUUAUCUAUCUGGCAGCCCGAAUCGUGAACCCCGUUCACUUAGCCUGCACAGUCUAUUUAAACCACAACGUGAGCGCUAAUGGGAAGGAUUGUCAACUGUUAUUUGGAUUGGCGACAUUCUCUGGAUUCGUAGAAGGCCUCCUGCUAUGCGACGCCGUUAUGUACCUUCAAGUGUAUGCUUUCUCGCACUGUAACAAGUGGAUCGGGAUGUAUCUUGGUCUCCAGUUUUUCCUGGCAGUUGUAACAGGCGUCACCCUUCAAGCCAUCGUCUUCAAAGAGACGAUAUGGUUCCCUCUGGGGAUUCCGGGACUGCAUUGCGUACCAAUAAAUCUUAACCUCGAUCUAUUUGCUGCCGUUUUCGCCUCGUCUAUCCCGCAAUGGGCGAUCCUUGUCGGGAUCACUAUUUACAUUAUGUUCCGCAAGUAUCGUCAGUUGAAGAGCGCGGUUUUGAACGCACUACUUCGAGAUGGCCUCAUCUAUAUGUAUGGAAUGUUUGCGUUUUGCAUUGCUACCACGGUGAUCACCUACGAGGCUCCGCAAACCCUGAAGUUUAUCAUCGGAAUUCCGAAGAGCGUAUUUCUCAACAUUCUCGUGUCGAGGCUCAUUCUACACUUGCGUGGCGCGGCGCGUGAACACACAGAACAGAAGUCCGUCGGUUUCCGAGACCCCACGAAGAGCUUCACCGGUAUUCAUUUCGCACCAAGGCGACCACGAGCAAAGACCACGGACUACAGCGCUGGAAGUGGGAGCACAUACGUGGACGACGAUAGCGCUAUUGUCCUGUAA